GACUUCUAGCUGAAAACCCUGACACUUUCUUUGGGGACAGACAUUUUAUCAGCUGGGACUUUGUAAUGUUUAAAAGAUAUGCAAGCCUCUACUUCUGCUGUGCUAUUGAAGAUCAGGACAAUGAACUAAUAACUCUGGAAAUAAUUCAUCGUUAUGUAGAACUUCUUGACAAGUAUUUUGGCAGUGUGUGUGAACUUGAUAUCAUUUUCAAUUUUGAAAAAGCCUAUUUCAUUCUGGAUGAGUUCCUUUUAGGAGGGGAAGUUCAGGAGACUUCCAAGAAAAAUGUUCUCAAAGCCAUUGAACAAGCAGAUCUUUUACAGGAGGAAGCAGAGACCCCACGUAGUGUACUUGAAGAAAUUGGAUUGACAUAAAUCUUCACUUCAGCUGACAUCUCAGUGUUUCCAUACUGUAAAUGUUCACUGCCUUCAUUGUAAUGUUUAGCUAAUGGUGUAAUAUGCUGUUUGUCAGUAUUACUGUUUUGCUAAGCUGCUUCAUUCAGGCCUACAAGAAAAAUACUCUUUAAAGUCUGAAAAUCAUAAAUGAAAAGGAAUUAGAUUUAAAUUGACUCAGUGUCUCUCCCUUCACUGCAUUUAUAGGAAGAUUGCAUUUGACUUCAAUAAGUGUACUGUUUUUUAUAAGCAAACUUGACUUCAGGAAAUAAAUGUAUUGUUAUGACAUAGCAUAUCUAAAUGAAAGAAACUACAUGGACAACUCCAAAUAUGAAAUGUUAUGGUGUAGAAAUUGUGUUUAUGCAACCAAAGAAUUUUGUUCAUCUACAUUUUAGUCAACACUUGUGAUAAUUCUGCUUAUUUCAGUUGAUGCAUAAAGAUUGGAAAUACCUGUUUACUAAUGAAUUUGUCAUUAUACCAAAGAAUCCUGUUAGGAUCUGCAUAUCAAACUGGUAAAAACUGUUAAGGUGAUACUGCUUUUUGCAAGAAAACUGCAAACUGAUCAGUUCACUAGAAUUGAAGGUGUAUUUAAGUGUAGCUGCCUUGAGCAAAACUGUGCAAGUUACUAUACUAAAAAGGGAAUGCAUGUGGUAAAAA